AAAACAAUUUCAUACAGUAUAUAAAAAGUGAAAGCCCCCCCCAAAAAUAAAUAAAUAAAAAAAUAGAAAAACCUAUUUACACAUAACUUGAAAAUACCUAGCAACGAAAAAUGAAAUUAAUAAAAACAGAAAAACAGAAUGCUUUUUCAGGCAGUACAGAAACCUGUUAGGAGUUUUUAAUUUCCAUAGCGGGGCGGAUAUACUUCCUACAGUGCAUUUAUUAUUCCAACUGACUAACUAUUUUUCCCAGGUUUUUUUUCUACAGUUGCCUUGCAAUAUGCUAUCUGUACAGCUUGGGUUUUCACACUCAGAAGGGUCCUUAAUGAAGAGUUUCUAGAGGGUAGAACUUGAGCCUUAAAAACAAGCAAUUGAAGCAAUGGGAACUGAAAGUGGUUGUGCUGUGGAGAAACAAAGUUUGUGCACGCAAAGCUUUGGGCUUCUUACAGUGCAUCGGGAGUUAUUGGUCUCUCAAGUCAAGAACAUUCAGUGUGUCCUGGACAAUUUAGUACACAGUGGCUUCUUUUGCACUGAAGAUGCAGAGAUUAUUCUGCGGUUCUCCACCAAAACUGACCAGGUUCGUAAAACCCUGGAGCUGGUGCAGAGCAAAGGAGAGGAGGUCUGUCAGUACUUUGUACACAUUCUUCAUGUACAAACAUUCAUAUCUGAUACUAUGGCCUUCAUAGACCUGAGAGACCAUUGGUACAGUGAGGAGAUGUCAGUACCACCUCACCAGAGCAAAUCUCAGAGGACACUAGUGUGUGUCACAGAUCCUGUGAGCAAGUACUGUGAAAAGCUUCAUCGUGAGCUUGGGCAGGACACCAAGUUCAUCAUCUCGUAUGCGCAGAGCGAGGAGACGUUGCUGGAUAAGAUUUACACUGACACACUCGUGGAGCUGGUGAACGACCGCAAUGAAAGCCUGGGUUACUUGGACAACCUAGACGAGCUGUUCAGCGACAACGGCGUCUUUAACCAAGAUGCAGAAACCAUCUUAAUCCUUGGGGAUGCUGGCAUGGGGAAGUCCAUCUUGCUCCAGAAACUUCAGAACCUGUGGUCCAAGAGGGAGCCAAGCAUCCCGGUCAAGUUCUUCUUUAAAUUUCGCUGCAGGAUGUUCUGCGUCUUCAAGAAGACAGAUAAGAUAUCCUUGAAGGACCUGCUUUUCAAGUACAACUGCUACCCGGACAAUGAUCCAGAGGACGCAGUUUUCAAAUACAUCCAGCGGUUUCCUGAGACAGUGCUGUUCACCUUUGAUGGCUACGAUGAGAUCCACUCUGAUUUUGACCUUAGCAGCAUUCCAGAAGUCUGCUCGCCCGAACAGAAGACCCACCCACUCUUGCUGCUCAUGAACCUGCUCAGCGGGAAGCUACUAAAAGGAUCUAAGAAAGUCCUGACGGCGAGAACGGGCACUGAAAUCCAGAACAAGGUGCUCAGGAAGAAAUUCAUCCUGAAAGGAUUUUCUCCAGAGAGCUUGCGGUGGUACACCACCCUGCAUUUCAAAGAAAGGACUUCCCAGACCUUGGUGCUAAACCAGCUAGAGGCAAACCCUCAUCUAUGGAGCCUGUGUUCCAUUCCCUUGUUCUGCUGGAUUAUCUUCAAAUGUUUUGAACAUUUCCAGUCUGUUUAUGACAACUAUCAGUUGACGGACUUGUAUGUCACCAUCACUGAUGUCUUUCUGCUGAUGUCGGAGGUUUUUCUCAGCCGCUUGACCAACCCAAGCUUGCUCAAGAAGAGCAGCCGAUGCCAGAGUGAGACCUUCAAGUCUUGUAGAGAGAUCUUGAUUGCUUAUGGAAAGCUAGCCCACCAGGGAAUAGAGAAAACUAGGUUUAUCUUCAGCCAGGAGGAGAUCAUGUCUUUGAACAUUGCAGAGAAGGAGCUGCACCUUGGGUUCCUCAGACCCAUUGGUCAUUACGACGGCUGUGGAAACCCCACCACCUUUGAGUUUGUCCACGUGACCCUCCAGUCCUUCUUCACCGCAUUUUCCCUGGUGGCUGAUGAAGAUGUCAGCUGUAAGGAUAUCUUGAAAUUCUUUGCAGAGUGUGAGUAUCGCAAAGCAAGGCACUUCCCUAGAUUUCCCGUGAUGUCUUGUCUUCGCCCUUCCAAAAUGCAGGACAAAGACCCCUUCAAGAACAACGAGCACUUUCAGUUCACCAACCUCUUCCUGUGUGGACUGCUGGCCAGGACCAAGGUUAGCUUGCUUGAGCACCUGGUGUCACCCAAGAUGCUGAAGAAGAAGCGUGAAAUCUUGAAGUCCCACCUGUCGGACAGUGUGAAAUCCCACUUGAAAAAUCUGCCACGGUUCAAGUCGGAGCAGGAGGGGUACAAAGUUCAUGGGAUGCCCAACUUCAUCUGGAUGUUGAGGUGCAUCUUCGAAACCCAGAGUGAAGAGGUUGGUAAGCUGACUGCUAAAGGAAUCUCUGCCGACUACAUCAAGCUGACCUACUGCAAUGCCUACUCGGCUGACUGCAGUGCCAUCAACUUUGUCCUGCAUCAUUGCCGGAAACAAAUUGGGCUGGAUCUGGACAAUAACAACAUUAAUGACUAUGGGGUAAAACAGCUCCAGCCAUGCUUCAGCAAGCUCUCUGUGGUAAGGUUGUGUGUUAAUCAGAUCACUGACUGUGGAGUAGAAGUCUUAGCAAAGGAACUGGUGAAGACCAAAAUUGUCAAAGUUCUAGGACUUUACAAAAAUCAAAUAACAGAUGCUGGAGCCCAGUGGGUUGCAAAGGUCAUUGAAGAAUGCCCAAGUCUUAGGAUUCUUAAGAUUGGGUGCAACAAAAUUACAAGCAAAGGUGGAAAAUCGCUGGCAUGUGCAAUCCAGAAGAGUAGAACUAUCUUUGACGUGGGAAUGUGGGGUAACAACAUUGGUGAUGAAGGGGCAAUCGCCUUUGCAGAAGCCUUGAGGAAUCACCCCAGUCUAACAAACCUGAGCCUUUCAGCCAAUCUCAUCUCUACAGAAGGAGGAAAAAGUUUAGCGGCUGCAUUGAAAGAGAACACCUCGGUGCAGAUAUUUUGGCUUGUGCAGAAUGAAUUGAAUGAUGAAGUUGCCAGGUCCUUUGCAGAAGCGAUCAAGGUCAACACAGCAUUAACGCACCUGUGGUUAAUCGAUAAUAAAGUCACAGUAGAGGGUGCAAAACUUAUUUCCCAGGCUUUGUCAGAAAACAAAGCACUGAAAGAGAUCUGGUCCCAGACUGCGCAGUCUCUGCCAAGCGCAGGGCUUAACAAGCGCCCCUUUACAGAAGCCUCAGAUGCUGGGUACCCUGCUCUCCCGAGGGGCGACUCCCUCAUACUUCCAUUUGUGUACCUGCCUCCAGGACCAAUUUCCUCUCCCGAGGGUCGGCUCUUCGAGUAUUAACCCUCGUAUAUGUUUUUCGGUAGCUGGGCUUCGCCCCUGGGAUGCGUUGGCUACGCCACCCUCAGUCAGCAACAACCUUUCUAUCCUAAUUUCCAGCCAGGGCCAUCGGCCCAGUACUAAAUCUGGGCUUCGCCCUUCAGCGGCACUCUGUCCUACUAACUGCUCUUUCUGCUUCCUCUGCCAUACUCUUACAUACCCAGUUCACGCCCCGUGAUUUAUAAUUUUUUUUUUUAUUAUUUUGAAUCGGUAAUUCUUUUUAUUACCCCAGUUUCUCCCCAAUUUGAAAUGCCCGAUUUUAAUACACCUUCCUGUAUUUCAAAUAAAUAGAAAUACAGGAAGGUGUAUUUUUGCAUAUUGGCCCCAGUUCCAAACAGGUUAUCCCAGUUCAGUACAGAGUCAUUACAUUUAGCUAUAUUAGAUAACUGAAGCAGCAUCCUGUUAUGUGCACGGGGGUAUGCCUGUGAGAUACACAAUGGUGGGCAUUUUGUGCAAGGAAGGCCAAUAAGGGCGGAAAUAGCCCUCCCACCUGUAAAAAUCUUAUAUUUACUUUUACUCAUUUUUGACUGGAAAAUUCAUAAACUGUAUUUAUGUCUGGUUUGUUUUUGUUCUGCUUUGCAAUCACAGAUUGACUCAGUGACCAUCCAUUAUUUAACAACCCAGACUGUAAAGAUUGUCUGUAUUUGCAUUUUUCUACCCAAACUUGCUAUGCAACUACCAGUAUAUGUAUGCUUACUGUCAAGAAGCUCCAGCCUCUUCAUUCCAAGUGAAUACUCUGAGAGUCAUGUGUAGUUGGAAUGCAGUUGAAACAAAUAUACAGCAAAGCUGUUUAAAAUGUUGUUUAGGUAGCCUACUUCUCUAAUGCUCUGUUCUGUAUUAUUAUUAUUAUUAUUUGCUUGAGAAGGCCCUGUUCAUUGUUUAAAUGCUGCUCUUCAGUUACUACAGGUGGUUUUAACACAUGUUCUUUUGUUUUAUUCUGGCAAUGCACUGCUGUGCACUAAAUGGUGCUGGUGCUUACUACUUUUAAGAGGCUUUGGCUGCUCCAGUUUACUCUACAUGUGUCUAUGGUAGCUGAAGAGUACCUUAACACAGGCACUUUAAAAGUCGCUUUUAAAGCCAAAGAAAACCCCAAAUGUUAACAAAAAUAAGCAUCUUGCUGUAGACAUGUGCAAAGCAGGUAAUAAUAUUAUUUAUUUAAUAUCUGUACAUAUUUUACAUACAUGGAAUGUUAUACCACAUACACCCUAAAUCAUUAAAAAAAUAUUUCAUGAUCAUCUAGUUGUGCACUAUCUGCUUGUCAAAAAGUACCAUAGCAUAUCUUAACGAGAAUGCUCUCUCUCACCAAUUUUAAAGUCUAUUUAAUUACAAAAUGUACAAAGAGCUGUAGCACUGAACACUUCUGCUAUUCUGAUUAAAUGGAAUACAUGGAUUUGUUUGCCUUUAUUUCAUCAACAACCUGUUGUUACCACAUUGUAGUAACAAAUCAUUUUAAAGCCAUUUCAAGUGUUUUACUGUAUAUCACUCUGCAAAAGUUGUUUCUGUGGUUUUCUCCAUUUUACCCCCUGCCAGCACAAUUUCAACAAUUUUUAUUUAUUUUUUAAACAUGUGGAUGACUUAUGUUCCUAAAAAUCAUGAAGGGACCCUUUCACAUAUAUGGGCUUAGUUAUGGCAAUUAUUAGCACAAGCAGCAAAGAAAAAUAUUUUCAAACAGUAAUGAUAAUCAUAUGGGUUGGAUUUCAUUAUUAUUUUGACUGCUAUUUUUAAUGUAACACUUUCAGAGCAGAUGGGUGCUCCAGAAGGAAUCUCCUUCAGAAGGUGGGGAUGUGGACACUGUGACACCUGACUGUGUUCGGACCAUGAAUUACCAAGUUUCAGGAAGAUGUUGAAGCAGCCAGGCUUUGCAGACAUUUUUAUUCAAUUGUCACCAAUGUGUGGCUCAAAUCAAGUCUGCUUUUGGAUGUUCUCGCUUGUAAAUGUCCCCUGCAACAAUCUGCUUCAAAAAUUGUCAGAAAGUUGCCUUCUGUUUCAUUGGCCUUCUCAUACCCAUUUACAACACAAUGACUCAGAGUGGGCAUCCAGUAUGUGCCUUACCCAACUGCUGGACUUGGGACAGCAUUCUGUGUAGAUUCAAAUUAAACAUCCAAAUACCACAUAUUAAAGAGUAAGUAGCUGGGUUUUGAAAAGUAGAAAAGCUAUACAUUGCCACGUGUUUCUACAACUGUUUUAAUGAUGUACCUGCCAUGUAUCUUUUCAUUGUUAACAUCCUGACAACG